AUGGCUGAGUUUGUGGAGUGCACGAAGAAGAUGAAGAGCCCUCCCUUCCAAGACGAAGGAAGAGCUGCCAUCGCGAGAGUUGAGCUUGCAAGAAUUCUAUGCCAAUCAGGGUUUCAGACGUUGUUCUGCAUUGAUUUCCAGACUAAAGUUUGCAGCUAUGCCUUCUCCUGUCAUGAUGCAGAUCAUGAAAAGUAUGCUGAUGUGAACUGGGAUGAACUUGAAUUUGGAGUAGUUCCAACUGAUUACAUGUACACCAUGAAGUGUUCCAAAGGAGAUGAGUUUUCACAAGGCCAUCUAACUCCCUAUGGAAACAUUGAGCUCAGCCCAUCUGCUGGAGUUUUGAAUUAUGGACAGGGCUCAUUCGAAGGCCUUAAGGCGAACAGGACAGAAGAUGGUCGGUUUCUGCUGUUUCGGCCUGAAGAGAAUGCUCUAAGAAUGAAGAUGGGUGCAGAGAGAAUGUGCAUGCCAUCUCCAUCUCCUCGGCAAUUCCUUGAUGCUGUAAAGCAAACAGUCCUUGCCAAUAAGCGUUGGGUACCCCCUACAGGGAAAGGAACACUGUAUCUUAGGCCGUUGCUCAUUGGAAGUGGAUCUGGCUGGGCAGCACUCAACUUGUACGUUGAGGAUGAACUCCAUCGAGCUACUCCCGGUGGAACUGGAGGUGUCAAAUCCAUCACCAACUACUCACCUGUUUACCUAGCACAAAAGCAAGCAAGGGCCAAAGGCCAUGAUGCAGGGGAAGAGUAUGCUGAUGUCAACUGGGAUGACCUCAAAUUUGGGGUUGAGCUCAACCCAUCUGCUGGAGUCUUGAACUACGGACAGGGCUUAUAUGAAGGUCUUAAGGCAAACAGGACAGAAGACGGCCGGUUUCUGCUCUUUAGUCCUGAACUUAAUGCUCUAAGAAUGAAGAUGGGUGCAGAGAGACUGUGCAUGCCAUCUCCUUCUACUCAGCAAUUCACUGAUUCUAUAGAGCAAACAGUCCUAGCCAACAAGCGUUGGGUAGGAGGGAAAUUGGGCCAAGACGCCAAGUGCAAAGCAGGACUAGUUUUUAUAUGUAAAACCAUAAGGCGCAAACACAGCAGUAGGCAGGCACUGAAGAAGCUUCACGCAUUGCUCUCUCGUAGCAGAAUGGGAGCCAUUGCCUUUGCCCCCACAGCGGCAAGUUAUUUCCUACUGUUUUCUACGAAAAUAUUGUGCAGAAAUGGAAGGCUUAGCACGAUCUCAUAUAUCUCACUUCUCCGUCACACAUUUCUCAUUGCUAAGGACAAACCACAACAAAACAAUUGA